AGGAUGCAGGGUUGGAUCAUGGAACGCAGGAUCCCGUUUCUGGCUAUUGUGAAGGACGAAAAACUGGGCAAGGGCUGCCGAACACAGCCCGUCAUCCGUUAGCCGUGUCAUCGGUGAUCGGUUCACGAUAAAACGAGUGCAAGAAAAAAUUUUUUUCCCCUCCCCCCGUGUGUGUGUGUAUAUUACUAAAAAAAAAAAAUUUCUUUCAAUUUUUAAAUGCAUGCGGAACAAUUUAUUAUCAUUACGACUUAACGUGUUGUCUCCUUCACAUCAAGUGUCAACCUAGUCUUCUCCUCCAUACGUACACUCCCCUCGUCAAAAAGUUUCUAUAUAAAGGGGAAAAAAAGUUAAAAAAAAAAAGAACGAAAAGAAGGAAAAGAAAAAGCAGGACGCUGAUAAUAGACGUAGAAAAUAUCAUCGUGUUUUGUGGUUUUAAAACUGAAUUGUGUAAUUAAAUGUGGUUGUGAUUGAAUAAACGCGAUGCAAUAAGCUCUUGGACUUAAUUAAUUAAGCAACAGUCUGGCACACGGAGGUUGGGUCUGCGAAAGCAUGUUCCCAAUCCCUAUGGAUUGUGUGCUAUACGAAAGGAUGUCGCGAGUAUAAUGGCUCUUAUUAAAUCAUAAAGAUGCAAUCAUAAGAAAAGAAAGUCGAAAGUCCAAAAAAAAAAUAAUAAAUGUUUUAAAAGUGAAAAUUUUUUUUGCCCAAACAAAAUAUGAUAAAAUACUCAAAAGGUGCAAAAAGAUUCGACGAGGGUGGAAAUUUAUAUAUAUUUUUUUAGCCCAGUGAUGGAACUAAGUUACUGUAUGACAACAAUAGCUAACCCACGCGUAGUUUCCAUUUGACAUAAUGAAUGGCUUGAUAAUAGUUGAAAAGUUGUUAGAAGUGGGCUGCUGAAUUCAAAUAGUGUGUCAUAUUGUGAUAUCCAACAUUAAAUGCACAAUAUCGUGACUUGAAAAAUACUCUCUGUAAAUUAUCCCUCUUCGCAAGAACAAAGUUGAAAAAAAACAAACAAGAGAUUUUUUCCACAUACACUGCAAAGAUUAAAGUUUAAUUGAAAAAAAAAUCUAUUUUUAAUAAAUGAAAAUGAGAAAUUAUUUACAAAAACUCACCUGAUAAAAAUACCUCAUCAAUACGCUUAAAAUAAAUAUUUUUUUGGCGUUAAUUUUUUAAUUUUAAAUAAUUUUUGAAAUUUUUAAAGAAAAUUCUGUAGAAAAAAAAAAUAUCAAAAUGCACAGAAUUUGUUUUAUUUGCCAAAUGAACAAAAUAAUGUUCUGAAUAAGGAGAGGACAACAUUUUUUUUCUCUAUUGUAAAAUGUACGGGAAUUUAAUAAAACACUAUUAUCGGAAAUCUUCGAGAAAAUUCGAAAAGGAAAAAAAAAGUUUUACACAAUAUUUUAUGGAUGAUAGAGGAGAAAACUUUUAACCCUUAUAGUCAAAGGGUUAAAAAUCAUGGACGGUAGUAGUUCAGGAGUGGUGCAAGUAUUCGUGGGAGAAUGGAGUCCCGAGUACGAGGCACUUUCAAUAAAAGCCACGAAGCAAACAUCUUCUGCUGAAAUUGUAGAGUGUAUAAUUGAAAAGCUCAAACUUGAGGACAGUACAGCCUCAACUGGCUAUGAAUUGGCGGAAGUUGUGGGCAAUUCUGUUGGUCAGGAAUGUAAAGAAAGAAGACUUGGUCCUACAGAGUGUCCCGUGGCACUAAUGUUACUCUGGCCAAAAAGUGCUGCUCAACAAGAAUAUUACAGGUUCUAUUUGAGAAAGAAGCAACCCGAUUAUGUAUGGACAGACAGUAGAUUUCCAAUGGAUCCACAAUUAUUAAAGGACUAUUUCAAUAGAUUCCUUUAUCAGCCACGUGACAAGGAAUAUCCGGAUCUUUGUCAGCUUCCCGAUUUAAAUGAACAAACACUAUUGGAUAAUUUGAGAGCAAGAUUUUUAGCUGGUAAAAUUUAUACCUACGUGGGAAGUAUUCUAAUUGCUCUCAAUCCAUUUAAAUUCUAUCCAAUUUACAAUCCAAAAUAUGUGAGUCUCUAUCAAAAUCGAAGACUCGGCACCGAUAUUCCACCGCAUAUAUUUGCAAUAGCCGAUGCUGCAUAUCAUUGUAUGUUGAAAGAAAAGAAAAAUCAAUGUAUUGUUAUUAGUGGUGAGAGUGGUUCGGGUAAAACGGAAUCGACAAAUUUUCUUCUACAUCAUUUGACCGCACUUAGUCAAAAGGGUUCGCAUGGAAGUGGCGUUGAACAAACAAUAUUGAGCGCCGGUCCAGUUUUAGAGGCUUUUGGAAAUGCUAAAACAGCGCAUAACAAUAAUAGCAGUCGUUUUGGUAAAUUUAUUCAAGUGAAUUAUAAAGAAAAUGGAAUGGUUCAUGGUGCGGUGGUUCAAAAAUAUUUACUCGAGAAAUCGCGAAUCGUUUCGCAAGGUAGAAACGAAAGGAAUUAUCAUGUAUUUUAUUAUCUGCUGGCCGGAGCUACUGAUCAGGAGAGGCAAACACUUCAUUUGGAGAGUUGCGAUCGAUAUAAUUAUCUUAAUAAAAGUGGUUGUUAUGGCUUGGAGAAUGUCGAUGAGUUACAUGAAUUUUCAAGACUGAAACAAUCAAUGGAAAUGGUGGGAUUUACACCUGAGAAACAGAGGCGAUUGUUUGCCGUUUUAUCAGCUGUUUUAUUACUCGGUAAUGUUGAAUUCCAACCGAGGAAAUCGUAUCAUCAUCAUGAUGAGGCUGUGGGUGUGAAAAAUCCAGAAGUUGUUGCACUUAUUUCGGAAUUAUUGAGGGUAAAACAAGAGACACUGCUCGCUGCUCUUACGGCGAAACGUGCACGAGCUUCGGGAGAAACGCUUGUUAUUAACUAUCGACUUCCAGAAGCGAUUGCAGCGAGGGAUGCGAUGGCUAAAUGUCUAUAUGGAGCUCUGUUUGAUUGGAUUGUUCUCCAGGUGAAUCAUGCGCUUCUCUCGAAGAAAGAUACACUUCGAGAUCAUCAAGGCAACAGCAUAGGUGUCCUCGAUAUUUUUGGAUUUGAGGAUUUCAAAACAUGCAAUAGUUUCGAACAACUUUGUAUUAAUUAUGCCAACGAACAAUUGCAACAUUAUUUCAAUCAACAUGUAUUUCAAUACGAACAAAGGGAAUAUCGAAAGCAAAAUAUAAGAUGGACAGACAUUGGUUACAGUGAUAAUUCAGCUUGCUUAAAUCUUAUCGAGGGUAAGCCUAAUGGACUUUUGUGCCUUUUGGACGAUCAGUGCAAUUUUCCUGGUGCUACAAAUGAGACGCUUUUGCAAAAAUUCAAUUCCGUUCAUAAGGACAAUCCAUUUUAUGAAGCACCUCAACGACGUGAGGCUGCUUUUGUUGUUCGUCAUUACGCUGGCUCGGUGAAAUAUCAGACGUCAAAUAUGAGAGAAAAGAAUCUCGAUUUGAUGCGACCAGAUGGUGUUGUUGGUGUAUUGAAAAAUUCCUCACUUGCAUUUGUCCGAGAAUUAGUUGGUGCUGAUCCAGUUGCUGUGUUUCGAUGGGCGAUACUUCGCGCUUUCUUUCGCGCUCAUUUUGCAUUUCAAGAGGCUGGAAGAAUUCAUCGGCAUGGCAGAACGGACGGGAGUAAAACUUCUGUACAGAACAGAUAUAGAACACCAAAUGAGAAUUUAAUAAGUGCGCACAAACAAAUUCGCCCGCCAAGUUAUCAGAAGCAGCGCAGUGUCUGCUUACCAUCGACCACCCCAUCAGCCACAUUAACUGUCACACAAAUUGAAAACAACGACAGUGUUAACAACAAUCGUUUAUCAUGGCCACAAUUUAGAAAUAUUAAUCAGAUGCAACAGCCUACGAUUGUAACGGCAAAAAGUUACAUUGUCAGGGGAAGGGAUGAGCAGUCCAAUAGUAAUAAUAAAUUCAGGCGUGAUACACACACGCCACUAGAGAGGGUACUUCCAAAAGACGAAGCGAACGUUAUGGAACGUGCAAAUCGAAUUGUCAUGAAAAAUAAAUCGUUUAGACCAAGGGAAAGGGGCAAGAAGGGUCUUAAAAAUUUGCAGACUGUUAAAACACUCGCUGGUAGAACGCAAAGUUAUGGAACUGGUCCUGGAAAGGCGCGCAAACAACCAAUGACUGUUUCAGCUCAAUUUCAACAAAGUUUACAUAGUUUAAUGGACACAUUAAAUCAGGCGAAUCCAUUUUUUAUUCGAUGCAUCAAAAGUAAUGCGAACAAAGUACCAAAUGAAUUUGACGAAGAAACAGUUCAAAGACAAUUGAGAUAUACGGGAAUGUUGGAAACUGUGAGAAUCAGACAAGCUGGUUUUAAUGUGAGAUUAAAUUAUGAGGAAUUUAUUCAAUUAUAUCGAAUGCUCCUUCCAAAGGGUCUAUUGAGCUCGCAAGCUGAUGUUAGACAUUUUCUAUUGACAUUAAAUCUUGACAAUGAUAAUUAUCAACUUGGAGCAACCAAAGUAUUUUUACGUGAAUCGGAGAAAAUUAAAUUAGACAUUAAAUUACAUCAGCAAAUAAUCACGAGUAUUACGACAAUACAAAAAUGGUUUAGAGCUUGUUUGGAGAGGAGGAAAUUUUUGAGAUUAAAGAAUGCUGUUGUGCAAAUACAAGCGUUUUGGCGUAUGGUACUGGCGCAGAAAUUUGCACAUUCUUUGCGAACGAGAAUUGAGGCUGCCAUUCAUAUACAAUCGGCGUGGAGGGCUUAUAAGAUUCAAAAUUGGUUCAAGAAAUUAAAGUGCUGUGUGAUAACAUUCCAAGCUUGUGUUCGAGGUAAUAAUGUUAGAAAAGCAGUGGCCGACAUGAAGAGGAAGAAGAAACGGGAGUUUAUGUUCCGAUCGGAUGCAAGGGGAGAAGUUCGCGAUAAAGAAUUCGGUAGUGAAGAUUCAAGAAGUUUCUCAUCAUCCACAGAAAGUAGUGUCUUCACUCGUCGCCUUGAACCGUAUGAACGAGUUUUGCCAUCAAGAGUCGAUGACAUCAAUCAAGAGCCAUCAUUCGAUUCGAGUCUCGCUUACCGAAAGGUACCAAGUAAACGCUUUUUUAAUGAUCCAAUAUCAAUGUCAAAGUCGAGUGAAACAUUCUAUCCAGAUGUCAGCAAUGAGAGAAAAGGAAGCUUAGAAAGUUUAGCGAGCCUCCGCAGUUAUGAAUCUCAGCUCAGUAUUGAUAGUUCAGAGUCACAUCAUUCGCAGGAAAAUUCCAAACCCAUACCGAGCAUGAGAACAAGACGCAAUGAUCAACAAACAUCCGUAACAGCAACUGCUAACACUAGCCUAACAAAUACAACUGCCAGCCAAUUGUCAAAUAAAAGGACAGACAGUUCAUCGACUGGUUACAGUGACGGUGAUACAGAUGCCGAAACUCCAAGUGCAGUUCACAGUGCCCCCCCGUUUUCCAACACCGCUCCAUUCUCAAGUAAUCGAGACAUGGCCUAUCAUCUCUCCUCAUUAAACAUCACCCAACAAAAUCCCAAUAGUUCCGAUAUUUGGAAGAAACGUUCCGAUUUACCGCCAACAAGUUACGAUUAUUUGAUGCAAAUUCCCCAAAAAGCAACUGUAACACGUUCGCCAAAUGUUUCGCAAUACAGAAAUUUGACUGAAACACUUUUGGAACAAGCGAGACUUGAAAGACUCAACGAAGCCUCGAAUUAUAAUGUAAAAAUUGUGAAUCCUACUUGUAGGGAACAAAGAAGACUCAGUGAUAAUACUUAUCAGAACGAGGAAAAUCUUCAUUGUUCGCCCUCAAGACGGGAUAUUUACAAUAAGUCCAUCAAGGAUUACGGUUAUUUACGAAGGCAGAAUUCGGAAGGCGACACAAAUUUGAAACCCGAACUUGAAACUUUGGGUAAAAUUGCAACCUCAAAAGAAACGGUUUUAAGGGAUCGAACAUUACGAACUAAGGAGAAGGCCGAACCUGACGUUCCUGUGAGAAUUGCAAGGCGAAAUAGACUUCCACGUGAAGUCCAAUGUCGAUCAAUGGGUGAAAGUGCAACUGAAGUGACUACGAACGAGAAUCGAAACCUAUUUCUCGGGACAAUUCGCGAAAGUGAUUUAAAAGCGAACGUUUGGAUGAAUAAGGAAACUAAUGAGACUAGUUUGAGAAAUGUCACCGAUUGGUCGGUGAAUAAAAGUGAUGUCCCAUUCAAGGAUCAGACAAAACGUGCGCGAUCUAACGCCAUAUCUAGUUUUGAAUUGAGAAGAAGAAAUUCAGAUCCAGCGACAAAAGUCUCGGGUCUUGGUGAUGAGAAGCAAACGGACAAUAGUCCUGAUUUUAAACACGCAUCGGAGAGUAUCGAAUGGAAGGGGAAUUAUUUCACUCUGGCUGGUCAUCGAUUUAGAAAAGUUGCCCGAUUUUCAAAAGACGACGUCUGUGUUUGCUGUCAUGCUAAAAUGGACGCAUUUGUCACGCAGGGUUAUAAGUGUAAUGAUUGUAAGCAAUUGUAUCAUGUCAAGUGUAUACAGAAUGGAGGAGUGCUGAAGAUGCCUUGUAGUAUGGCGAAUGCACCGAAUCGAAGGAAUCGGAAGAAAACGGGACGAAUGAUCUAUGAGAAUGUGAAGCAGGGAGUUACUUCCAAGUUUAGUUUGACGGGGACGUCGGCCUUCUCGGACAGUACGGAUAAAAUUAUUUCCGAUGCUAAAGAAUUGGCGUUGAUGCAGGAUUUUAUAACGAAGAAAAUUUAUGCGAUGGAGAGUCAGGAGGAAGGGGGGAAACGUAAUGAUGUGGAUCGGGUUUUUAAACAGGCUCUGAGGAAAUUUAAGGAUGAUUUGGUGAUUACUUAUAGUGUCGCGAUUCAACAGGGGAUUGAGGGGAAUAUCAAGUAUACGGAUCUGAUUGCUAACUUUCUUCAUGUGAUUGAAACGGUCUGUAAGCAGGAGAAUACGAGGGAAGAUUUCCCGGUGUCAAUGGGAGUGAAUGCUUUUAGGGGUUUUAUGAACGAGUUCAUGAAGCUAUCGAAGACCGAAGCUAUUGAAAAGCAGAGUAAAAGUAAACGAAAAAAGGAGAAGAAGAGGAAGCAGGAAGAACCUAUCCGCCAUGGGAAUCAUACGUUCCAGUUGACGAUCAUAAACAUACCAACAGCCUGCGAAGUUUGUACGUCCUUUUUUAUGUGGCCGAUUGAAAGGGGACUCGUUUGUCAGAAUUGCAAGCUCACUUGCCAUAAAAAGUGUUACACGAAAGCUUCCGAAUGCGGUAAGGAAGGAUCCAUUAGCGAGAUUAAUUCAAGACAUGUCUUCGGAGUUCCGCUUUAUAAACUCGAUUCUGGAGAUGGAAAAGUGCCGUUGGUUGUCGAUCGUCUAAUAACGACAAUCGAAAUGCGUGGUUUAUACACCGAGGGUAUUUACCGAAAGAGCGGCGUCAGCUCAAAAGUAAAGGAACUAAAAACAAAAAUGGACGAAGGCGAUUUAGAAAAAGUGGACUUUGAGAAUUAUCAAGUCCACGUUCUAGCCGCUGUUCUCAAGAGUUUCUUCCGCGAUAUGCCGGAGCCAUUACUCACCUACGAAUACUAUGACGACUUCCUGCAUGCGGCGAGCUUAACGGAUCCUCACGAUCGGAUCAGUACUCUAUUUGCAAUUCUGAAAAAAUUGCCGAAACCAAAUUUCGAUCUUAUGGAACGGCUCAUUGUUCAUUUGGCGAGAGUUGCACGACAUGAGGAGGAUAAUCGAAUGUCACCAUCGGCAUUGGCGAUAGUUUUUGCGCCGUGUAUUUUGAGGACUAAUCGAGUGCUGCCGGCGCAGGAUUCAUUGCAGGACGUUGGUAGGCAGACACGAUGUGUCGAGACGAUUGUUCAGGAAAAAUUGAGAGUUGUACGAGCGACAUUGGCUGAUAUUAAUACAUUGGAGACUGCGUGUCAUACGGCAACGCACAGGCUGUCGAGUUUGAGAUCGUCGAAAAUUUUCAGCCCUGAAGAAUUGAAUGUCACGUCGUCGAGCGCAGUGUCCAGGGGGACAACUGUCGAAACGGAGAGGGAUCGAAGUGAUGAGGAAGAGGCUAUUCUUGUUGGUCAUAUCAAGGAAAUUGAAAAAGAAAAAGCACUUCUUACGUCAACAUUACCCAGUUUAACCAGAGCUUCAUCGGAUGACGACCUUUUACUCUCAGCUACUGAUCUUGACGAUGGAUCUUUGGACGAUCUACUUCCAUCUGCUGACGGCCUAGUCAGGAAGAAACCGAUUCAAAGACAAAGCUCGGCGGACAACUCGUUUCAGACAAUCAUUCAUCAUGACGAAGAUAUGGUGAUGGUAUGACGAGAAUACAUCGUCCAUAAAACACGUCUCGGUUAAGUACACAAAUCAAAGUAUAGAUUCAUUAUUAACUGAAAAAAAAUGUCAUUGCUACCUGCGUGAUGCAUUCACUGCGAAUCGCAAGUCUCUUUUAAAGAAAAAAAAAUAAUAGCAUUUGUUGACAGUUAACUAAAUAAUAGCAAAAAAAAAAAAAAAACUUGAUUCUAGAUAGGUUUAGUAAUUUGUUGAAUGCAGAUAUUUUUUUUUUGCGAGUGUGGAUAAUUAUAUGCGAUAUUAUUGCAUUUAUUAUUACGAAAGGUGUGAAAAAAGAAAAAAAAAUUUUUCGUUUCUACCUUUUUCCCGUUAAAAACUUCCGAAGAAAAAAUUAAUAUACAAAAUCGCGUUUUCCAAAUUGCACUUUGCAAUAAAUUAUUUUUUAUUAAUAUUAUAUUCUAUUAUAUUACAAUUAUUAUAUAUUAUAAUUCUUUUUAAUGUUAAAGUUGUAUGACGCUGUUUUUUUUGUGGAUGAAACGACGUAGUUCUUUCAUCUGGAAAUAUAAGAUUCUGUACAAAAAAGCGCCAAGGCGUUAGACUGAGUUUUCAAUUGUGAAAAAAAAAAUAAUAAUAUUGAAAGAACUUCAAAAUGAUGAUUUAUUUACAUUUUAUAAAAUGUGAUGAUUAGAUGCGGUGAGAAAAUUAAUAGAACUAAGCGAGAGGGAAACGAGAAAACCAAAUUCUAGUUUGUAGUGAUGAUAAAAAAGCUAAUUACUACUACUUUUUUUUUUAAUUUUUAAUUCGUUUUUUUUAUUAACUAUAUUCAAGCAAUAUCGCUUAAUUAUCAUUCCAAUGAAACUGUAUAUUUUUUAGCAAACUUUUUUUUCAUUUUCUUUUCGCAUCUUUAUAUUUACGUAUAUGUAAUUUUUUUAUCAUUCCUUAUCAUCAUCAUCGAGCAUUUUUUUUGCACUGCUCAGAACUGAACUAUUUUUUAUUACUCAGAAUCAAAAUAUAUGGUUUUUUUUUUAGUUUUUAAAAAUCAUUAUUCUUGGGGGCAAUUUCAUUUUUUUAAAUAUUCAUUUAUAAAUAUAUUUUUUUAUAAAUUAUUCAAUGUCUUUCAAUUGAAAGCAAUGACUGGAUGAAUUGUAGAAAAAAGUUAUUUUUAAAAAUACUGUUUGGUUAUUGAAAAUUGAAAAUUGAAAUGUAAAUGAACGUUUUGUGAAAAUUUUUUUUCUAAAUUAUCGGCAGUUUGUAUAAUUGCUUCGACGAUCGUCUUCUUGUCGCGAAAGUGUUUAUUAGAACAAAAAAAAAUUAUACACUAGAAAAUUUAUUAUACAAAUUCAUUGAAAUGUUUUUUUUUCUUAAAAAAAAAGUGUUUGCUAUGUAUAGUAUCUAGAUGAUGUGAGUCGAAAUUUUAAUUCGGUAAUCGUUUCAAAACUCGUUUCAAAUUUAUUUUUUUAAAAGAAUUAUUUAGAGAAGCGAGGCUCUUUUUAAACAUAUUUUUUUAUAUGUAUAUGAACGUCUGUUUUCUAAAGAAAAUAUAAAAAAUGCGUUGUAUAAUUGCUCUACGAUAUUAUAUAUGUACAGUAAAUCCAUGACAUUGAGCCUUCUCUAAAAAAACCUUUUCUAGUUUCUAAAAAAUUUACUGAAUUUUCAAGAUUUCACUGACCAAUGUUGUGAAUAGUAAAAAAACGUGUUUUCUUUGUACGAAAUUAAAAUUUUUUUUCAAUAUUCGGACCAGUGAGAUUCUCUUAGAAAUAAAAUUAAAGAAAAUGAUUUUAGUGAGUUGCGCACAGAUCAUUAAAAAAAAAAUGCUUACAAGUCAUGAACUUUGCACAUAUAUUCGUUGUCGAGGAAUAAUCGUAUUGUAAGAGUAAUAUUGCAAAAAAAAAAAAAUUAUAAUAAUUAAUGUAAAUGCAUAUACGCUUCGAAAAAAUUUCAAGCUUUCUGUGAAGCGCACAAUGCGCAAGCAAUGAUUCUACUCGACAGUUUCUUACACUAAUACAAACAAAAAAUUAAUUGAGGAAGUUCACUAAAAGCUCUGAAAACGAGACGAUAAACAGCGAAUUUCCGGGGAAUGUUCGUUUAAGUUAUAUAAUAAUAUAUUUUUUAAAAAUUUUCUUCUUCCGGAUAUCGUUGCUCAUCGUUCGAAAAAAAAAAUUAAAAAACUGACAAUAUUGUGUAUAAUCCAUGAUCGAGUAGACUAAAAUAAUAGUCGGAUUAUUUUUCCGAAGAUACGCCUGAUUUAUAACGACGCACAUAUUUUUUCAUUUGAGAGAAAGAAAAAAAUUACAGAUUGUUAGGUCAAUUUUUUUUUUUGUAUUUAUAGAUACUAGGACUAUUUUAGUUGAUAUCUUUUAAAGAUAUAUAAUAAUUUCAACUAAAAUGAAAAUAUCUUCGUACUUUUAUUUAUUAUUUAUAAAAUAAAUUUGUCUUGAAUAUUUUUGGAAGUAAAAAAAAAAGUCUCUUUCCUUUUUUGUUUAGAGCUGUUUUUCUCCUCAGCUGUUGGCAGGGAGGCGGGAUAACGGGAGCGAGAGAGAAGUUUCGAUUCUUCUCUCUCACUCCCAUUUCCCCCGCGCUUGCGCAGAAUAAUCUAACCUAAAAAUCCUCUAUAUUUCAACAAUUUCUUCGUUUCAAUUUUAAUCAAUUUUUUUUUUAUUGAUUCAACAAUCUACGAUUUAGACAAAAAAGAAGGCCUUUAAAUUAAAGAUUUUUUUUCUAAUAAUAAUGGGCGUACCUCGGAUCUCGCUUUUCCUGUGUUUACUUCCUCUUAUGAAAAAUUAUAAACUAGAAAAAAAUUUAUUCUUAAAAAGGGGGAUGUGGGUUAAUUUUUUUUAAAACUUUUUUUACGUUUUCUCAUUUUUGAGACUUUUAUGAUUUAUGAGUUCUUUUAGGAUAUGAAUUAAAUUACAAAUGUCUGCAAAUUAGAUAAACGUUUGAAUAUAUUUUUUUUAAAACAACUCAUGUAAAUAUUUUAAAAAGAAAAUAAAUAAUGUGGGAACUCUCGCGUAGGUUCGAUGCUUCCUCUUUAAAAAAAAAAUAAUAAUCAAAUUGUCAAGUAUGUGAAUGAUAGAGAGUAAGAUUCAUUUUAUGAAUAAUAAACGUCGCGAGAAAAAAAAAACCUGCAAUGUUCUUCCUGUUGUACUUGGAAGUACAAAAAAAAAAUAUUGUAAAAUGUAUAAUGCGAUUUCGGAUAAAAAAAAAGAAUAUGAUUCGCAGAAAUUACGAUUCGAAAUAUAAUAUUGAAUACGUGUUACCGGAAUAGGGACCUACAUAUAUGAAUAUAUAAAUAUUAAAUAUUAAAAAUAUAUAAAUAUAAAUAUUUAUAUUUAUAUAUGUAAAUAUAGUAGCUAACUAAGUGAAAAUUCCCCAGGCUAUCUUUAACGCUAUUCUUUUAGUGCCCCCGGGGGAAAAGAUUUUUCUAUUGACUAAUGACGGUUUUAUUGUCACCUAAGUUCGUGAAAUUUUUUUUGAAAAAAAUUUUCCAAGUGUUUAUUUUUCCUGAUAAAAAUAGAAAGUUUAUUAUUUUAGCUUUAAAGAGAAGUUUGAAAGAAGAAAAAAUAAAGAAGUUGUGGUAAAUUAAAUUUGAAACAGCAGGUCUUAUAUACGCUAAAGUCUUGGGGAAAGUUUAAACAAGUUUAUGUGAAGCUUUAAUCUAAAAAGUCAUCUUUUAUAGAGGGGAUUAAUCUCAGCUCUUAUUCUUUAAGUUAGGUCGUAAUUCCGUCAUAAGUCAAUGGGAAGAAAAAGCGUGACUGCCAGCAUCAUUUUUUUUUUUUUUUUUUUUUUUUUUAAGAAUAGGUUUUUAUAAUCUCUUAGCUUAGUUCUUGUCAUUACAAAAGUCGAACAAAAAUAUUCUUUCUUUUUUUAAAUGGCAUUUACUGAAAGAAAAAAUGUAAGAAUGAGAUUGUAUAACACCUCAAAAAGGAGUUCUUUAUGUAUAUAAAAAUAAGUAAAGGGUAUAAAAAAAACCCCCCAAUAUGCCAAUAUUUGGCUUUCAUCAUUCGUUUAUAUAUAUAUUUUUUAAGUUCAUAUACUUUAUAAAACUUUAUAGAAAAUUCGGGAAUCUAAAAAGCGCUUUAAGUGUUGGAGAAUGAAUUUUUAAACUCGAGAAUGGAAUUUAUUAAUAUAAAAUAAAGAUCGAAAGAAGUGUUAGUCUCGCUGAAUUUUUGAAGAGGAUGUUGAGUAUUUUUUUUUUUUUUUUUUUUGAGAAAUAGAGCGAGAUGGUAUUGUUGAAAAACCACCAAUGCUCCUUUUGUUCGAAGCUUUACUGAUUUAAUCCGCGAGCCUAUAUUAUGUGAAUGGGUGUAUGAAUGUAUGUUAAUGCGUGCAUGUAAUUGUUAAUUUGAACGAGAGAAAGAAAAUUUUAUGUCAAGUGAGAAAAAGAGUGAAUUGAAGAAUGCUGAUAUUCUACGCGAUUGACUGUAAUUUUAUAUAAUAUUUGUAAGGAGAAAGAAAUCUUAUGUACAGCAUACCUGUUAAAUAAUAUCUACCUUAUACUUAA